AUGGUCCUCAAUACAUUCGCUGUAGGCGCCGCUAUUGUGCCAACAGUGGUCGGGACCGGCAUCUCCCACUGUCUCAAUCGCAAGUCUCUCCGCCAAAAGCCUACCGAGCGCAUCUCGUACCACCAAGGCCUUCAGCUUGUGCGUUCAUUCCUGGAGUACGCCUCUCUCCACACCGUUGAGGAUCUGCAAGCCUUUACCGCCCAAUGGGUACCGGUGCCGCGCUGGGUCCACGUCGAGGAAGUGUUCAUCUCGAAGGAUAUACUGGCCAGAUCAGCGGAGCUCCUACAAUCACAGCUGGGUCCGGUUGGUAUACAGCAGGUUGGCGGCAAACAGUGGUGGCAAUGGCGCCGCGACAACGGCCUGCUGAAGGCAGAAUGGAUCGAGAUGCGCAAGGACUACAACGAGCGGAUGGACGCUGGCGAUACCCAGGGGCAGCGCAUCAUACUCUACGUCCACGGAGGCGCCUAUUUCUUCGGUAGCGUAGACGAGCAUAGGUACCAGAUGCAGCGGCAUGCGCGCAAGCUGAAGGCUAGACUACUGGCUCCACGAUACCGACUCGCGCCUCAGUUCCCCUUCCCGUGCGGCUUGCAGGACUGCUUGGCUGCGUAUCUCUUAUUACUUGAGACUCACGCUCCUUCGACGAUUGUACUGGCUGGAGACUCUGCUGGCGGAGGCAUGACUUUGAGCAUGCUUGUGAUCUUGCGGGAUCAGGGUAUACCUCUGCCCGCUGGCGCCAUUUUGCUGUCGCCUUGGGUUGAUCUGACGCAUUCCUUUCCAAGUGUCGCUGGCAGUGGCGAGUACGAUUACAUCCCACCACAUGGAUUUAUACACAAGCACUCCAUGGCUUGGCCUCCGCCAAAUGCGGAAGACUUGAACGAAUUUACUUCGUCUUCGGAAGGUAACACUAAACGAAGACGAGCUAGCUCUAAGUCUUCAAGAGGCGAGGCGAAGGGGAAAAAGAAUAAAGAGCAGGAUGCUGUAAGAGGGUUCUCGAUCGAUCGUGCAGGAGUGUUUGCUGAGAAGGCUACGAUCCAAACAAACAUGAAUACUGCUAAGCGCAGCGAACGCGGAUCUGUCCAAGGUGUCCAAACACCACGCCCGCUCACUGUACCCCUUGGCGACUCUACAGUAACGAUCUUUGACCAGAUACAGCUCUACGCGCCGAAUCAUCUAUUGACGCAUCCGCUUGUCUCUCCUGUUCUCCAGCCCUCUCUCGGCGGUCUGCCACCUCUGCUCAUUCUGGUCGGUGGUGGCGAGUUACUCCGCGAUGAGCAAAUAUACCUGGCGCACAAAGCUGCCGAUCCACUGAAAUACGCUCCAACCACGGACCAGCUUGCCAGGUUCGGCUCCAGCCCUAGUCAAGUUACCCAAUAUCCUCCUACAGAUGUCCAACUGCAAGUGUGGGAUGAUCUCUGCCAUGUCGCAGUCACCCUAUCCUGGACCCGCCCAGCGAAGCACAUGUACCGCGCCGCCGCCCAGUUCGGUGCCUGGUGUCUAGCCCGUGCCCAGCAGACAGCAAUCGACAUCCUCGACGACGACUCCAUAUCCAUCGUCAGCGAACGCUCCUCAUCCACCCCGACGCCCAGCCCCUCCUCGCAGUCCUCCUCCGAAAACGUCUCGAAGCCCAAGCCCAGACCCGCACCAAAACCCGCACUAAUCUUCACCACCCCAUCCACCGCACGCCCCCUCCCUAACUUCGUCGUCGGCAAAGCAGGCGACCCCCUCCCCCCCUUCACAGCCCACAUGAUCCGCCAACGCGUCGACCGCCACGGCCACGUCUAUCCGCUCGAACCAGCCUCCACGCUCGGCGCGCUGCGCGUCCCACCCGCAGAGAUUGGCGUCGUCAAGGAGGGCCCGACGCGCAAGUGGAUGGCCGCGCAGCAGCGCUUCAACACGCGCUUCGCCAAGGAGAAGCGCGCGGUACAGCGGCAGCGGGUGGAGGAGCUGAGGAAGGGGUAUGAGCGAUUUGAGGGAGAGAUGGUGCCGGCGACUGCACUGGCGGGGAGGCGGCUGAAGGAGGGGAAGGAUACGGAGCGGAGGGUGAAGAGGAGCUGGGGGAUGAGUCUUUGGAGUUUGUGGGGGAGUAAGCACGAUGUCAAGACUAUCGCCCGCGAAGAGCGUGCCGACACCCAAGACGUGGACCCCAACCCCGAGGAGAAAUCUGCGCGCCGUCUCUCUUCCCGCCACCUCUCAAUUACCCCUCGCCGCCUCUCAACAUCCUCACGUCGCCCCCGCCGCUCAACGCUCCAACCCCCCGACCAGCCCCGCUCGCGCCACCGCUCCGUAACCGACGAAGGCCAGGCCCGCCCCUCCAUCGACCCGCGCUACCUUCCCACCCAACCCCAACCUCAUCCGCAAGAACCCGCUUCUGCCUUACCAGCCGACAGCCGAGGUCUCGGACCCGGCGUGGCGGACCCAGCGUCCGCGCUCGAAGUCGAUGUGGGCAGCGAGGACGCUGUAGGUACCGUUGUUCCGGCCACGGAGACACGUUCAACGAGGCCGACGCGGGCGGGGGUGGCGUAUCCAUUUAAGCUGAAAGUGGAGGGAGAGGAUGAAGGGGGUGGAUGGAGGAGGCUCAAUGCUAGCACGGUUACGCUGGAUAGUGUGAGCUUGGGUGAUGGAGACGCGGCGGCUGUGGGGGAUGGUUUGGGUGGCGAGAUAAGGGUAGGGGAGCAUGGUUUAGGUGGUGGCGGACGAGCUGAGAGGAGGGAGGAUAGGCUUGAGAGGCCGGGUGUGGAGAGGUUUGUUACUGCGAGGGAGGAGCUGUGA